GCUAUUGCAGCCCCCAUAGAAUUCAUGGAAAGCAACAACAGGCCAUCCUUCAUGAUAUCAACAAUGCCCCUCCUGCAACUUGCCCAAGGGAGGAUUUAUAGCCUCCAUCUGUAUUUAGUUUUACACCCCCUGGUCUAACCCACUUUUUAGUCUAGGGAGAGAAUAUAUAACAUUCUGCCAUGAGCCUUCCAAUCCCAAAUUUUACUGUUACAUUUGCAUAUCCUUUUCCAAUGCUCUUUUGUCAUCAAUCCACAAUUGCCAUCAGCUUAAUUAGCCCCUCCACCUACCAGACCACUCUUGAGGCAUUCAUCUGGAUAUUCCUAUGUUUGCCGUCAUUACGCUCAGAUCAUAAGAAAUAAAGAAUCAAUAGGGGCAGAAGGAUAGUCUUGGUCUCUUUACUUCCUUUUUUCUUCUUCUCAUCAUCGAGUGAUGAUGCAUGCUCUCCUAUUCUACUAAUUUUUAAUAAGAUGCUUAAUCAAAACAGAUCAAGCUUUCAUUGUACUUAAUCAUAGAUUGGAGCGUUGAAAAAAGAUGAAAAGUUGAUGUCAAAGUUCACAAUUGAGGACAAGUGUCUUUAAGGGAGAUGGAAUGAUACUUCCAUAUAUUUCUUGUUUUGUUUAUUUUAUAUUUCCAUUUGUAGCUUUAUGUUUUAGUUAUAUUUUGAAUUAGUCAAACUAGUUGGAGUGGGUUGUUGGAGAUACAAGACCUCAUUUUCUCGUACAUGAGUUUUACACAUGUAUUAUCAUUUUUUCCGGAGGGAUAUUGGGAAUCAUGGAGCAAUAACUUUAGUUUUGGGUCUAGUUGUGUUGUAUAUAAACACAACGAUCAAUGAAAAUAACAUCAGAUUAUUUUGGUUGCAAACAUAGUUUUCAUUUUGGAGUUUUAGUUUUCCUCAAAAAUCUGUCUAUGGAGGUCAAGGCGCCGUUGAACGAGCCUGUAUCUUAUUUUAAUAUUCUUACUACAAAAUCGACCAUAUCAUGGUGGGAGGAUUAUUUAGUUCCAAAUAAGAAUACCUGCCAUAGUCACGAGUCUCUUUAUAUACGCGACUCUUGUCAUAGUCAACGAGAUUGUAACUUCCAGGAAGAACUUCGAAUUGAUGCUUCUUCGGCCUAAUACAAUAUACAAGUGGGACUUGCACUAUGAGUAUGCUGUGUCAGCGUCAAAAGCAGCCUCGGAGCACAGGCGGUUACAUAGUUCGUUCCAACCAAGCCAUAGCCCUCCCAGACGCUUCUUUUUUUGACUUGCGAUUUUCUAGCAUGACGCGAAGCGAAGGGAUUGUAUUUAACCUAUGAUCGGGAUCCCUUGGAUAACCUUAUGUUGAUGCCUUUCAUUGGCUCCAGAUUAGUCGACCAGAAUGGAACCAUGCAGACACGAGAUUGAUCUUCCAAAGAACAAGGCCUUUUUCGUAUAAGGAGUCUUGGUCUCAAGUCAAGCUGGGGCCUCAUUUCAUGCUCGUAAAAACAGAGAUCAUUCUCACAGGGAUAGAAAUUGAUGGUGAAGAACUUGCUAGUUUUGUUGAGCAUGUUGAUAAAGACAAUGAUGGAAUUAUAACUUUUGAAGAAUGGAGAGAUUUUCUUUUUCUCUAUCCGCAUGAGGCUACCAUUGAAAACAUUUAUCGGUAUUGGGAAAAAGUAUAUCUUGUUGAUAUUGGUGAACAGGCUGUAAUUCCUGAAGGCAUCAGCAAACAUGUUCAUGCAACAAAAUAUUUGAUUGCAGGCGGAGUUGCUGGAGCCGCAUCUCGUACUGCAACUGCGCCUCUUGAUCGUCUCAAGGUGGUUUUACAAGUUCAGACUACACGUGCUUGCAUUUUUCCUGCAGUUAAAAGCAUUUGGAAGGAAGGGGGUUUUUUGGGAUUUUUCCGGGGUAACGGAAUAAAUGUGUUGAAGGUUGCACCGGAAAGUGCCAUUAAGUUUUAUACAUUUGAAAUGUUGAAGAAUGUUAUCGGUGGUACUGAAGGAGAAAAACGCGGUGAUGUAGGAACUGUAGGACGACUAAUUGCAGGUGGUUUGGCUGGUGCUGUGGCACAAACCUCUAUUUAUCCAAUGGAUCUAGUGAAAACUCGAUUACAGACCUGCGUGUGUGAAGGUGGAAAUGUUCCGACCUUGUGGAAAUUGUCAAGAGAUAUAUGGAUUCAAGAGGGACCUCGGGCCUUUUAUCGAGGACUGCUACCAUCUGUUUUGGGAAUGAUCCCUUAUGCAGGCAUUGACUUAACCAUGUACGAAACCAUGAAAGAUGUAUCCAAGAAAUAUAUUCUCCGUGAAAGUGAACCCGGUCCUCUUGUGCAACUCAGUUGUGGAUCAAUUUCAGGAGCUGUUGGAGCCACCUGUGUUUACCCACUGCAGGUUGUAAGAACAAAAAUGCAAGCGCAACAUACAAAUACAGAUGCUGCUUACAGGAGCAUGUCAGACGUAUUCUGGAGAACAUUUCGGCACGAAGGUUUUAGGGGCUUCUAUAAAGGACUUUUUCCUAAUCUUCUUAAAGUUGUACCAGCAGCAAGCAUUACGUAUCUAGUUUACGAAAGCAUGAAGAAGAGUCUAGAUCUUGAUUAGUUGAUAAUUCUUCCCUGCGAGGCAGCUACAAUUUAGACCAAAAAGAAAAUAAAAAUGAAGCUGAUUAUAUUGAUAAAGGUAUGAUAAAUUUAUUUUUUUAUUUUUUUAAAAAUAAAAAAUUAACUAGCGUUAUUCGUAUUGCACAUUAUAUUUUUAUUUCCAUGGGAUGGCAAUGCGAGAGACAGCAAAGACCGUUGACUAUCCUCGUGGAAUUGGCCGACUGACUAUGUUUGAUAUUUAAAUAUACAUAACAAUGCCUGUGUAUCUUGAUUCUUGAGAAAUAGGUAAUUGUUGUUAUUCUGGCUACAUUACUAAAAGAACUAUAAAAUGUUCAUGAAGUUACCAUUUUUGCUA